CAGGUGGCUUCGCGAUCCACUGUCGCGCUGGGGUCCUUGCUGCCGCGCUCCCCAGGACCUGACCCGCGCGGCGCCCUGCGGUUUGGAUGGCCGGCGACCCCUGGCGGAGGGAGGAGAGGAAGGUCCCCGACGGCAGGCGGCCGAUGGCAGGGGCCGGGGGUCCCCUGCGCCUCCGCGACUGGCUGGUGGCGCAGAUCGAGAGCGGGCGCUAUGCGGGGUUGCGCUGGGAGGACGCAGGCAAGACCCUCUUCCGCAUCCCCUGGAAGCACGCGGCCCAGCAGGGCUACCGGGCGCAGCAGGACGCGGCGCUCUUCAGGGCCUGGGCCAUACACAAGGGCAAGCACAUAGAGGGCAUGGACAAGGAGGACCCCCCCACCUGGAAGACACGGCUCCGCUGUGCCCUCAACAAGAGUGCCGACUUCUGUGAGGUGCGUGAGCGCAGCCAGCUGGACGUCUCCGACCCCUACAAGGUCUACCGGAUUGUGUCCGACGGUGCUCAAGGCCCAGCGGCCAGGACUCGUGUUCCGCCCCGAAAGCAGAACAUCCUCCGGAGCCGGCAGGAGCCCCCUAGGGGAGUGACGGAGCUGGCCUGCGGGACGGACCAGGAUGGCUCCAGAUCAACCACGGAGGAUAAGGACAAGGAGGCCCCCCCUAGGCUGGCCCAGCAGGGCUCCCAGCCACCAGCUGCCAGGCCCCCAGGCCCUCUGGCUGACCACAGGUACCAGGCUCGGGAUCCUACACACCGCUGGAGCCCCUCACCCUCUGAGGACUUCAGUAACCCUGACUGCUGGCUGCACGUGAGGCUGUUCUACGGCGCGGAGCUGGUGCGGGAAGCCACGUCGCGCACUGCGGAGGGCUGCCGCCUGAGCCCUCGGGCGGUCACCGCUGCGGAGCGCCUGCUGGGGCCGCCCUCGCGCGUCGCGCAGGUGCGCUUCCCGGAGCCGCCGCCCGGGGCCCGCGUGCUGCAGCGCCUGCUGCGGCACCUGGAGCGCGGCGUGCUGCUGUGGGUGGCCCCCGAGGGCGUGUUCGCCAAGCGCCUGUGCCUCGGCCGCGUGUACUGGCGCGGCCCGCUCGCCCCGCACCGCGCGCAGCCCAACAAGCUGGAACGCGAGCGCACCUACCAGCUGCUCGACACGCGCCGAUUCCUCGAGGAACUGCGCGCCCACCUGCAGGAUGGUCGCCAGGAGCCUGAGUACCAGAUCCGUCUGUGCUUUGGCGAGGAGUACCCAGGGCCCCCAGACCAGCCCGAGGAGCGGCUCAUCACGGCCCACGUGGAGCCAGUCUUCGCCCGUGAGCUCCUCAUGCACUUGAAGCGCUGCCACCACCACGGUGGCCCAGCCGACGCAGGUUCCCAGCUCCACAUCUCCGAUGGUAUCACUCACCUGCUGGCACAGCUGAGUCGGCACUAAGGGGUCACUUCCUCCUCUCCUACACUCCGAAGUCAGCACCCCCCGCCCCAGCGGACCCCAUCCCAGACCUGUCCAGGCCGGUGGGGACAACGGAAGCAGAUUCAUGCCCUUCAACCUCCUCGCCGCGGAGACGCAGCCCUGGAACGCGGUGCGUGGGCGGACGGCACGCAGCUGGGCCUGGGAAGUCAGGAGGAAACCAAACUCGACCUUGAGGUUCCGGACACAGCAGUUAGGGCAGAAACAAGACUUCAUUUCUUGUUGAGAGCACAAGACGUCCGCAACGGUCUACUUGGGAGCCCGCUUUACCUGCAACCGAUUCAUUAGAAGGUUUGCUUAAGGCCGGGUUUACCAGUUACAUCCUCCGGGAUUAGAGUGACGGCAGACGGUAACAGAUUUGCCCGGCCUCCGAGAGGCUCUGAGUUUCCAGACCCUUCCUCCCACCUGCCACUGGUCUCUAUUCUUAUGUGGCCCGAGAGGGGUCCCACAACAGAAAACUUGGCCUCAACAGGGUGGGGGGGUGAGGGUGGGGCUGAUGACUGCACCACCAGCAUACAGUAAGAUACUAUCUUUGGAGAAACUGACCCACCCUCCAAACACAGCGCUAAGGCAGAAGGCAAAGUUGGAGGCUGCGGUCCAGCCCCUCCCCCAAGCCCCACUGAUUUUUGCGAAGGACAGUUUGUAGGGAGUCCUUGAGAAUUGGGAGAGAACCCCAUCCACCAUGAAGGCAAUUGACCCUGCCUUGUCAGUAAAGUCACUGUUUUCUGCCCCAGGUGUCAGACCUUUUUUCCUUUCUGAUUUCUGACUUUAUAGGGAUUCUUCUACAGAUGGCAACAUAAUAAAUCUCUUUUAGUGAUA